AUGAAGUUUCGUGGCAAUGCAAGGAUUGUCUUUAGACUACCUGGCAGUAGCAGUAAAGUUCCAGAAUGGUUCACUUUUCGUAAUUACCUUGAUAACUAUGAUGAGAGUAAAUUUGAUAACCUUGAUCAUGAUGACAGGAGUGUUUGUAAUUACGAACUUCCUAUUGAAAUUCCUUCGGCUUCCCCAUUGGAUAACACAAAAUUGGUUUUGUGUGUUGUUUGGGAAAUUACAGAAUCAAUUGUUAGCCCUUGUUCUCUUGAAUUUGCUUUUCAGAGUCAUCGUCGAGAUGAAUGGCGUGUGUCUGGAGGAGAGACGGAGGCAGAAAAUGUGUGGCUGGAAUGUAUUCAGUGGUGGGACUGUAUCCCAUUAUUUCUUCAUGAUCAAUUAAUGCCGCCUAUUUUUCGAGUUACUGUUAGCGGCAAAGGGUUGCGCGUCAAAAGCAUUGGGGCCCACUUAGUUCAUAACAGUAUGUCAAGGGAUUAUGAUGAUUAUUAUCCUGGCAAACAUAUCGAUGAAAAUGGAUUAGAUGAUAUUUUGCCGACCGCGACCUCGAAACGCUUCUUGUAUGAUUCGGGAUUGGCCAUUGGGAGGCCUGUUGGUUCCGAUAGUUUCAAAACCCUUGAAGCCUUACCCAAGACCGAAGACGCGCCUUCCUCCUCUGCCGCCUCCAAGCAGCAGGCAUCAGCAUCUGUGCCCGGAGCUCUGUUCGAAGAAAAGCCUCAAUCUGCCAAUGAUGCUUGGAGGAAGCUCCACUUGGAUCCUUUGCUUAUGACUCGGCAGCGUGAGCAGGAAACCCUUUCUCGUAUUAAGAACAAUCCUGUCCAGAUGGCCAUGAUUCACAAUUCUGUUGACCUGAUUGGGGAAUCAUGA